AUGGUCGUUAAAAGUACAGCAGCAGCAGCAGCUUAUGGAAGCAGUUUCCGGGCGACGAUCUCUGCUAUUCUUCUGCUCUUCUUCUCGUGGCUGUUGCUGCUGGCUGAAGGAGGUGGAAAUGCGGGUGAUCCGACGAGAGGGUUCGUGGCGCUGCCACUGACUGCAUCGCAUAUGAAGGUUCAGUGGCCGUAUGACCUGCAAAAAGGGGAGCGUUACAGCUUUGAAAAUGGCGUUCACACGCUCAAGGUUUACUCCAACGACAAGCCGCACUUUAAGGAAAGCCACACCAGGCCUCGCACCGAAGUCCGUAUCGCUGGAUAUGAUUACUCCUCUGGAGUGUGGCAAUUCGAAGGGCAAGGGUUCGUCCCAGGCGGCACCUCUGGUGUCUGCAUAAUGCAAGUAUUUGGAGCAAGUGGGCACGCUACAACUCUAAUGCUUCGAGUCUAUGGCGAUAAUCUAGCCGUCUACAGAUCCAAAAUCCUUCCCAACAUUCAUAACAAAUGGUUUAGGUUAAACGUCAUUCACAAUGUAGAUGCUGGCAAAGUUAUGGUCUACAUUGACAGAUCUCUUGUGUACAAAGGACCCGAUCACGGCGGCAAGUCUCACUACUUCAAGUUUGGAGUUUAUGCUCAGGAUGACGAUUCUCAUCUCAUGGAGUCCCGUUGGAAAGGAAUCAAGAUUUUCAAGAAAAAGUAA